CUCCUGGCAGGUGCCGCCCGACAUGAACUCCGGCCAGCCGCUGCAUACGCCGGCACCGCAAGAGGCGCUGGUGUUCGGCAAGGGCACGUUCACCUACGAGGAGCUCGCGGCGGCGACGGGCGACUUCUCGCAGGCGAACCUGCUCGGGCAGGGCGGAUUCGGGUACGUGCACAAGGGGGUGCUCCCCAGUGGCAAGGCGGUGGCCGUGAAGCAGCUCAAGUCCGGGAGCGGCCAGGGGGAGCGCGAGUUCCAGGCCGAGGUGGACAUCAUCAGCCGGGUGCACCACCGCCACCUCGUGUCCCUCGUCGGCUACUGCAUCGCCGGCACCAGCCGCAUGCUCGUCUACGAGUUCGUCCCCAACAAGACGCUCGAGUUCCACCUCCAUGGGAAAGGGUUGCCGCCGAUGGCAUGGGCGACGAGGCUGCGCAUCGCGCUCGGGUCGGCGAAGGGGCUCGCCUACCUGCACGAAGACUGCCAGCCACGGAUCAUCCACCGCGACAUCAAAUCCGCCAACAUCCUCCUCGACAACAACUUCGAGGCGAUGGUCGCGGACUUCGGGCUAGCCAAGCUGGCGUCGGACAACAACACGCACGUCUCGACCCGCGUCAUGGGGACGUUCGGGUACCUAGCGCCGGAGUACGCGUCGAGCGGGCGGCUGACGGAGAAGUCGGACGUGUUCUCCUACGGCGUGGUGCUGCUGGAGCUCCUGACGGGGCGGCGGCCCAUCGACGCGACCACGCAGCUGUUCCUGGAAGACGGCCUCGUGGACUGGGCGAGGCCGGCCCUGUCGCGCGCGCUGGCCGGCGGCGACUACGACCCCGUUGCUGACCCGAGGCUGGAUGGCAGCUACGACCCGGUGGAGAUGGCGCGCGUGGCGGCCAGUGCCGCGGCCUGCGUCCGGCAGUCGGCCAAGAAGCGCCCCAAGAUGAGCCAGAUAGUGAGGGCGCUGGAGGGGGACAUGUCGCUCGAGGACCUGAACGAGGGGGUUCGGCCGGGGCAGAGUGUGCUGUUCGGCGAGGCGGGGUCGUCGGGUGAAGGAAGGAGGCUUUGCUGGGGCCUUCCUUACUCGUCCGACAUGAACCGCGUCGAGCAGGUGACCAUCGCCGGGGUAUAAAAAGAACACUUGACCAUCGCGGCAACGAGGAACACUUCUCCGAAGAUAUGAGUCCCAUGGGGAGCCGGCUGCCUCAUCGUGGGUAGGGGCCGCGGAUAUGCUGGUUAUCUGAAUCUCAGUACAAGUCGUGUUACUUGGUGGGAAAUAUACCAGGUUGAAAGGGUGGUAAAAUUCCUUUGGUUCCAUUCAAUUUCCAAAUAUAUGGAAAAUUAAUACUCCCUUGGUGCCGAAAAAGAUGUCUUAAUUUUA